AUCCGCUGUGGUUUACCACUAACAACAAACAGCGGCUGUAAAAGUAGGUUUUAGUCUCAGAAACUCUUAAAUGUUGCGGUUGUGAUGAAGAUGAUCAGAUGAUGAUGAUGAAGAUCUGAUGAUGAUGAAGAUGCAGACAGUUGAUGUGCUCUGAGGACGAUGAAGCUGAGGGUGAACCACAGCCAGCUGCUGUUUCUGUCCAGACAAACAUCUGGAAACUUCCAGAAAGAAGGAACGCUGCGAGUAGGACGACGGGAGACGAAUCUCUGUGAGAAGUUCUGUCGUCUGAGAGGAAACCUGCUCUUCAUCCUGAAGAAACAGGGUGGUAAACUGGAUGAGGUGCUGCUGUUGGAGAGAUGUGACGUGGAGAAGCUUCCAGACGAUGACAGACGACUAUCUGUCAUGUUUGUGGGCGGUGACCCCGUCGUGUUCCUGGAGUCCCGUGGCUCUGAGGACUGUUUGUCGUGGCUCGCCGUCCUGAGAGACGCCAACGGAGACGCGCUGAGGCGACGCAUCGCACGCCUCCGCCAGCUCAUCGGCAGCGGGGGGGAAGAACACCUGGAAGACGCUGGAGGUGGAGACGCAUCUACUGCUAAAGUCUCUCCACUGCACCUGAGUGUCGAGUGUAGAGGUGCGCUUGCCGUGGCAGCCAGCAGAGUCACGGUACAAGUGUGUGUGAUCGACACUCACACAGUCAGGAAGCACUGCUGCUGCCAGAUAGAAGAGGGACCGGAUGACAGCGUGUUUCUGACAUCAGUGUGUUUUCGUGGUGACUACCCUCUCUACCGCCACAGCAGGAUUAAAGUCACCGUUUACCACCGAGAGGAGCCGACCACACACGUCACAAGGAGCUUUCUGAGUUUCACCUCCUUCUCCAUCGGAGAUCUGCUCAGGUCCAAAGAGCCUCACAUCUCCCUGAGUCUCAGGACGAUGGACGGCGUGAACGAGGCCGGGGAGGUGAAGGUGUCCCGUCUGCAGAUGGAGGGAGAAACUCCUCCUGAUCACAAGUGUCCGGCUCUGUGCGACAAUCUUCACAGCUCAUUCCACAACAAAGAAAACAGUCCAAUGAUGAGAGCGGUGUUGUGUGCUCAGGUGUGUAAGGUGUACCGGUUUCAGACGGAGGAUCAAAGAUGGCUGCUGGUCCGGGAGCAGAUGUCAGAGACGCCGCUCUCUUUUUCUUUACCCAAACAGCUACUGAGCGCGCUCAUACAGAGCCACACCGGCCGGGUCCAGGAAGUGACGGAGCUCGGUGACCUUUCACCCCACUGGGACGGGCUCCGCCAUGACGUCAUCGACCACUGUGACCACCUGAUUGGCUGCUAUCGGGAAACGCUUGCUGAGCUCGACAAACUCUCAGCCUCGUCGUGUUUUAAGUCGAGCAGCAGUAAAUCAGACAAACAUCUUCAGUUUGUUCCAACAAACCUGCACUCGCAGAGGAUGGAGGUCACCGGUCCAGACAGCACAGGUGUGUGGUACGAGGUCAUAACAGUCGGGGCUCCAGCUGAUCACCACCAGGCCUUCAAACACGGAGGACUGAAGAAGCUCCUCAGUAAACACACAAACCACACAGACAGCUCCGUCUCGUACUCCCGGGACGAGAGCUCCAGAGCGAGGGAGCUGCUGGCCAGCGUGGCCCAGCUGCAGCCUCUGGUCUUCGGGCUUGCUGAGGAGCUGCUGGCCGUCUCUCUGGAGCUGAGCGCCGCGCGGCUGCAGCUGGUCCUGGACAGCCUGACUCAACAGACGGAGCAGUUCGUUCACGCGCUCAAAGACGAGCUGGUGAAGAGCGCCCUGCUGACGAUCCACAGCCAGCGUUCACCCGACGGCACCCACGUCCACAGCAACGGGCUGCUCUGUGACGACACGCCGACCAAUCAGGAGAGGCAACGGGACACGGAGUACGACGAGGAGGAAUGGGACAGGGCGUGGGCCAACGUCGCCAUGAGCCUCAACUGCAUCGUCGCCAUGGUGGACCGGCUGCAGGGCCGGGAGGACCGCCCCCUGGAGGUGACAUCAUCAGAGCAGCAGGAAGCCACGGGGGACACAAACUCUCAGAACACCGCCUCCUCUUCCUCCUCCUCCUCCUCCUCCUCCUCUGCGUCCUCCUGGCAGGAGCAGCUGCUCCCCCUGGUGCUCACUCUGAGGGACUGCGUGCGUGAGGCGGUGGGGAAGGCCCGAGCCGCCAUGACCUUCGUGGUCCUGCAGGGGGCGGUGGCCACGACCGUCGCCCAGGGACCGGCACACGUCGUCCAACGACGCCACGCCGUCUUCAGCCAGGCGCUCUCAGCCGUGGUGUGUGGUUUCAUGUUGAAGCUCUACGGAGGUCUGGAGGAUCACGACUUCCUGCUGCAGCUCCACUCUGUCGGACUCCUGGUUCAGUUUGAAGGCCUGCUCAGCACCUAUGGUGACGAGGUGGGGAUGCUGGAGGACAUGGAGGUGGGUGUGGCCGACCUGAGCAGAGUCACGUUCACCGUCACCGAGGCUAAAGGUGACGACCUGCUGCCGACGCUCAGCGGAGCAUGGGGCGGUCUGGUCGUCGAGGUCCCGUUGCCCUCAGAGACCUUCGGGUCGCUGCCGCAGAAAGUGAGAGACGGACAUUUGAUACGAGUUCAUCCGGUUCUCUUUAACAUCGGAAUCAACCAGCAGCAGAGUCUGGCUGAGAGGUUUGGUGACAGCUCCCUGCAGGAGAGAGUGAACCAGCAGAGCUGUGAGCGUCUCCGAGCGUACUGCAACACGCUGCCUCUAACGGCUGGUACCAGGUCUCUGUCGGACCUGUUGUCCUCUCUGGAUCACAGCGUGGAAACCAAGAAGAGGAAGAACGUGGGGGUUCUGUGGAUCGCUGCCACGGUGUGUCGUGAGGUGAACGGCGUGCGCCUGACGAGCUGCAAGAGUGCGAAGGACCGCACGGCGAUGUCGGUGACGCUGGAGCAGUGUGUGUUACUGAGAGAGCGACACUCACUCGGCCGGCAGCACUUCAGCAUCGCACUCGACUGCAUGAGGAGGUCUCGUCUGUCCUGGGGGCAGAUGCUCGGCUGUUACGCCCAGUCAGGAGUCACUGUCUGUGGGUUGGACCCGGGGGAGCGCCCCCCCGGCCUCCAGGGCUCGUGGCUCCCGCCGUGUUUUGCGCCCGAAGCCCCCAGACGUCACCUGUACCCGGUGGCCUUCCUCCUGGUGUCCUCUCACCUCCUGGUGCUCUGGCUCAUCCUCAGCCUGGUUAUACUGCUGGCCAAAUACCAGUAGACCAGCACGGACUGGGAGCACUGGGCACCAAGUGGACUACACGGAUGCUUGUUGUUUUAUCACUGAACAAGACAGUUUCCCAGUGUGUGUUUAUAUGUGUGUGUGUGUGUGUGUGUGUGCGUGCACAGGGACGGGUGCAGGAUGGAGAACGUGCAGAAGAACAUCGGCAGCAGGAAGUUCGCCUUCAGCGGCGUUCAGCUGCUCACUUUCCCCAAACUGUACCGACCUCCAGACGGCAGCUUCGGAUGAACACACUUUACUUUAUUCUCUGUACAGAUUUGUGUUUUUUUAUCAUUGAUUGUUUUAUCGUGUAAAGUUUGUGUAAAUGUAAUUUUUUUAUGUUGUCAUGACUCUCUGUAACGUUCACUGAACACGUUUCUGAUAUAACUGAAUACUUGAUUUAUUUCUGACAAACAUCAAAUGAAUUAAACUAAAUGUUCAGUGAUA